AUGAUGGCGGGCAGCAUCGAGGCCUGGUACUACGGGCUGCCGUACGUGACGCGCUUCUACCUGUCGGUGUGCUUCGGCUCGACGCUGCUGAGCACGCUGGGCUUCCUCAACCCGCAGUCGCUGUACCUGGACUUCGACCUCGUGUGGCAGCGCUUCCAGCUCUGGCGCCUCACCACGUGCUUCAUGUUCCUCGGGAGCUUCAGCUUCCCCUUCCUCAUGCAGCUCAUGAUCCUGACCAACUACUCGUCCCGACUCGAGGAGGACCCGUUCCCGGGCGGCGGCGGCCCCACGGCCGACUACGCGUUCAUGCUGUUCUUCGGAGCCUCGGUGCUGUGGGUGGUCGCAUUUUUCAUGGGCAUCCCGUUCCUGGGCACGUCGCUCAUCUUCAUGAUCGUCUACGUCUGGAGUCGUCGCAACCCGACGGCGCCCGUUGCCAUUUGGGGCUUCCGCUUCGAGGGCCUAUACCUGCCGUGGGCGCUGAUCGCCUUCACGGUGCUCGUGGGCGGCAACCCGAUCAUGGACAUCUUCGGCGUCAUUGCUGGUCACCUCUACUACUUCUUGCUGGAGGUGCUCCCCGCUACAAAGGGCUGGAAUCUGCUGCAGACCCCUGCCGUGUUUGCCAACCUGUUCCCGUCCCCGCAAGUGGCUGUAGGUGGUGUCCCGAUCAUCGGAGCGCGCGGAGCCGCUGGUCGCGGUGCGGUUCCCCAAGGCGGCGGCUACGCCUGGGGCACCGGACGGCCGCUGGGCACGGAGUAA